AUGAUUCUUGAAUGCAAGGAAAAGAAUGGUCAAAUGGUGAUGCCGGUCUUUUAUCAUGUCAAUCCAUCUGAUGUGAAGAAACAAACUAGAAGCUUUAAAGAUGCUUUUACUAAGCAUGAAAAAAAUUUCAAAAAGAUGCCUGAAACAAUCCAAAGAUGGAGAGCUGCCUUGAUUGAAGCAUCCAAUUUAUCUGGAUGGGAUUCAAUGGUGAUUAAGACGUAUCACCCUCAAAGUGAUUGUGAAGGCCUUGUUGGAAUAGAUUCUCGCAUUUAUCGUAUUAAGUCAUUAUUGUGCAUUCAAUUGUUAGAUGUUAAAAUUGUAGGGAUUUGGAGAAUGGGUGGUAUAGGUAAAACAACUAUAUCUGGAGUUGUGUUCAACCAAUUUUCUAGUCAAUUUGAUGGUUGUUGCUUCAUUGCAAAUAUUAGGGAAGAAUCAGACAAAUGUGGCCUAGUACACAUACGAAAUCAACUUCUUUCUCAAAUAUUAGAAGAAGAAGAAGAUCUCACAUUAGGCACUCCAAUUAUACCAGAAUAUAUUAAGAAGAGACUUCAAUACAGAAAGGUAUUCAUUGUCCUUGAUGAUGUCAGUGAUAUAGAACAAAUAGAAUUUUUAAUUGGACGGAUUGAUCGACUUGGUCCAGGAAGUAGAGUCAUUGCAACCACUAGAGAUAAACAAGUGCUUUGCAAUUAUGGAGUAGAAAACAUAUAUGAACUUGAGGGGUUUGAGUACCAUGAAGCUCUUCAACUUUUUUCUGGCUAUGCCUUCAAGCAAAAAUGUCCCUCUCAAAAUUUUUGGGAGCUCUCAAACAAGGUAGUAGAUUAUGCCAAGGGUAACCCCUUAGCUCUCAAAGUGUUGGGUUCCUCUCUAUAUCGAAAGAGUGUACAUGAUUGGCAGAGUGUAUUGCAUAAAUUAAAAAGUAUUUCUAAUCCGAAAAUUCACAAUGUGUUGAAGAUUAGUUAUGAUGGACUUGAUCAUGAAGAGCAAGAUAUAUUUCUUGACAUUGCAUGCUUUUUUAAAGGGGAGAAUAGCAAACGCGUAACAAAAAUACUAGAUAGUUGUUACUUUUCUACACAUGUUGGAUUGACUGCCCUUAUUGAGAAAUCACUUGUAACAAUAUCAUACAACAAGCUAGACAUGCAUGAUUUAAUACAAGAAAUGGGUUGGGAAAUUAUUCGUAAAGAAUCCUUCAAAGAGCUUGGCAAACGUAGUAGAUUGUGGAAUCACGAUGAUGUCUUUCAUGUAUUGAAGAAUAACAUGGGGACUGAUGCAGUUCAAGGACUAAAAUAUCUUCCCAAUGAGUUGAGAUAUCUCUAUUGGCAUGGAUAUCCAUUGAAAACACUGCCAUCAAAUUUUAGUCCAAUAAACCUUAUUGAACUCCAGUUGCCGUAUAGUAAUGUUGAUGUACAACUUUGGGUAGAUAACAAGCAUGGUUCAGAUGUCUAG